AUGGUCGAUGAUAUGGAGAUUUGCGAAAACUACUUGAAGUUGUUGUACUAUCAAAGCAGCUCGAAUGGGAAUGAGAUUGACUAUACGUACUCAAAUGAGUUUAAAUUGGAUUUGAAUGAUAAGGGAAAUAGAGAUAAAUUACGUCUUAGCUUUCAGAAUUUUAACCCAUAUAAGUCUGUCGAAGGGCAAAUGAAGUUUGGGCCAAUUGACUUGAAUGAAAAGGAGAGGACUAGUGGCGGAAAAGAAGAGGAAAUAAUAUUGAACUUGAAAUCAGUCAAGCCACUUUUCAAAUUGAACAUGGACUUGGUGAUCAGGAAUCAGAACAUCACCAUAUACCAGAUAAAGAACAUGAUUCUUAAUGAAGUCCGAGAGAAAAAGUUGAACGAUAAAAUCAAGUCUGUGGCUCAAAUCAAAAUACUCCUUAAGAGCAAGAUGCUAAAUAACUCUGAGUUUUUGAACGAGGUAAACCUCAAUUCCUCCCCUGUCAACAACCACAGCACCACCCCAAAUUUAUCCACUCUUGCAAACAGCAGCUAUUCAAAUUUCAAUGACAUUUUCAAUUUCCCCUUUGCCAACACACCUACCAACUCUCCCUCUUUCAACAGGAGUCUCCCUUUAAAUAAUGCAAAAAACACCAUCCCUAUUCUGGACUUUACCAAUCCCAAAGUCACAAAUAACCUGAAAGUAAACAAAAACACUUUUGAUGAUCGUACAGAGAAUGCUGGCAUCAACAUGGACAAAAAGCUGGAUGCACUGAAUUUCAAUAUGGUCUCCCAAUUUGAUUCCGAUUUACUGGAGUAUGAGAUAAACUACGACCCCAAUUCAAUUGACUCAACUUAUCUUGCAAUACAUCCUUUCAAUCAGUAUGCCAAUCCUGAUAAUUUAUUGAUUCCAACCAACGACAAUUCAAAGCCAAAAUCCUCUAAUGACUUGUUUGACGACAACACUAAUACCAAUUUCCUUGAUGAAAGCCUGCUCAACAAUACGGUCCUACUAAGGAAAAAUCUUUCUAAUAGUACUAUGAAUUCUCAUAAUUUACUGUUACCGAAAACAGUAGCACCAUCUGAUUCACCCUCAACUUUCAAAAAAAGACAUUUACCUUUUUUGGAUUCUUACAAUUCUUAUAACUCUUGUGAUACUAAUAACAAAUUUGAUAGCUAUACUGAUGAUUUUCCCUUUUACAAUAACUUUAAUAACUUCAAUAACUUUAAUAAUUUUAAUAGCUUAAAUAACCUUAAUAGUUUCAAUUUUUUCGACGACUUUGAUCAGAUGAACAAUAUAAAUCACAUCAAUUAUGACAUUAUCAAUUAUGAAUCAAAUUCCAAUUCUAAAACAAAUCAAUUUAAAUUUAAUAAUUCAAGCAAUAAAACAGCAUUCAAUUCAAAGAUCGAUAGUUCCCAAAAUAACCUUCCUAGAAUCAAUAAACUUAAUAACAACGAUAGUGAUAACAGCGAUAACAAUAAUAACGAUGUCACUAAUACCAAUUAUAAUGAAUCUAGUCCCGUCGACCAUACUAUAAAUAAUCAAAUGAUAAAUUCAAACAUUAAUUCUCUGCAAAACAACUCGUUGUUCACUUUUAAAUCAAACACCUGUUAUCCUCAGAAUCACCCUCAAGUUCCUUCUUCUGAUUGUUUUUAUUCAACAUCAAUCGACUAUUCCACCUACCAUAAUUCCUUAAACUCUUACUUUCUUUCUCCAGAAGAUUUAAUUCUUGAAGAUGACGAAGAUGACGAAGACGAUGAAGACAAUGAUGAUGAGGAUGAAGAUCCUGAAAAUCUAGAUUAUCAGUGUCACAAUGCGGAACCUCAAAUGUCCUUCAAUUCCGAGUUGGGUUUUAAUGUCAUUCCUGCUCAAGAAUUGGAACCUGACUUUAAUAUUUCUUUUGAUUCAACUUUUCCUAAAGAUUAUCAAGAAUGUAAUUUCAAUGACGAUUCUUUAAAUAGCCUUCAAAAUCCUUCAAAUGACACUACCCAACUUGAUCAUCAGAGUAUCCAGUUGCCAAAACUUCCUGAAAUAUCAUCAUCACCCAAAGACUUUUAUCAAUCUAAUCGUUCUAUAACUAAUUCCAGUCUCUCUAUUGAACAAUUCAGCUCUCCACCUCAUCCGAAUCCUCCAUCAAUCAUAUUUUCUAAAUCGAAUUCUGACUACCCCCUUAAUGCUAAUUUACAAAACAACGUGAACGCUGAGAAAACCAAUAUCUUGGAUGACAAAUCACUUUACGAUUAUCAGAAUCCUACUAAACAGCUGAAAAUUCCACAAGUUAAUCAUAGGAACAUUCCUUUUUUAUCAAGUGGCUCUGAAUUAAACAAUAAUAACAAUAAUAACAAUGAUACCACUUCUACCAAUUUCAACUUUGAUGAUGAUUGCUACGACAUCAUGGACGUAGACAUGAUUCCUGAUUUUGGUCAAUCGCACACGUCUAAACUAGACAAAUCAAAACCAAACUCCAAUUUGUAUUCUUCGAGUAACUUCAAACUGAUUAAAAAGGCUGUUGCCACUAAUUUUAUUACUGCAAUAUCAAAUCAACAAUGUUUGGGUAAAGAUUCUCCCUCAUGCAAUUCUUUUUUGUCCAAUGACACAAAUCAUCAUGGUAAAUUAAAUAAUUACUUUCUGCCGAAUGACAUUGGUGAAAAUAGCAGUCAUUCACCACAAGAGAAUAAAAAAAUUUUGAAAUUUGUGAAUAUCAAUUCAAGCUCUAUUGUCAUUCUGCCAUUCAAAAACCAAAAACAUAAAUCUCAGGGUGCUCUUUCUACAUUGAAAUCAGUUCCUUUGAAGGGCGGCAUAGAUAACGAGGAUAAGAACGACACUACUGUCUUCGGUUCCAAAAAUGUUAUUACUUCAGAUCAUCAGUGCCGUUUGCUUAAUCCUGCUACAGGAGCUCAAUGCUUGAAACGCUUUUCAAGACCUUAUGACUUAAUAAGACAUCAAGAAACAAUUCACGCUGAAAGAAAAAAAAUAUUCAAAUGUAUAAUUUGUGAAAAAAACUACAAGCAAAGCCUUCGUAAUAAUUUUGAUCAACAUGUUGAAGCUGCUUCGGAAAACAAUUAUUUACCGAAAAAAGUUCACCAACCAAAAACUUUCAGCCGUGGUGAUGCAUUAAGCAGGCACAUAAGAGUGAAACAUGGAUUGGUUGGCGGUUCUGCUGCAGAAGCUUUAAAAUUCGCCAAAGAUCACGUUGAGUACAUAUAG